AUGGGGAAGAAAUCGAAGAAGCCGGGAAAAGGCAAAGAGAAAACGGAAAGGAAAACUGCGAAAGCUGAGGAGAAGAGAGCUCGUCGAGAGUCCAAGAAACUCUCCCCUGAAGAUGACAUUGACGCCAUUUUGUUGAGUAUCCAGAAGGAGGAAGCAAAGAAGAAGGAAGUUCAUAUUGAUGAAAAUGUUCCUGCGCCGUCUCGUCGAUCAAACUGUUCGUUAACGGUUAAUCCACUGAAAGACACUGAGUUGAUACUAUAUGGUGGUGAAUUCUACAAUGGCAGCAAGACAUUUGUAUAUGGUGAUCUUUACAGGUUCGACGUGGAAAAGAUGGAAUGGAAGUUGGUCUCAAGUCCUAACAGUCCACCUCCUCGUAGUGCACAUCAGGCAGUUGCUUGGAAAAAUUAUCUCUAUAUCUUUGGUGGUGAAUUUACAUCUCCAAAUCAAGAACGGUUCCAUCAUUACAAGGACUUUUGGAUGUUGGAUCUGAAAACAAAUCAAUGGGAACAACUGAAUUUGAAAGGUUGUCCAAGUCCACGUUCUGGUCAUCGAAUGGUCCUGUACAAGCAUAAGAUUAUUGCUUUUGGAGGCUUCUAUGAUACUCUCAGAGAAGUGAGGUAUUAUAAUGAUCUGCACAUCUUUGACCUAGAUGAGUUCAAGUGGCAAGAGAUAAAGCCUAAGCUUGGUUCCAUGUGGCCUAGUGCUCGGAGUGGUUUUCAAUUUUUCAUGUACCAAGAUCAGAUUUAUUUAUACGGUGGAUACUACAAAGAAGUGUCUUCUGAUAAGAGCAGCAGCUCGGAGAAAGGAAUUGUUCAUGCAGACAUGUGGUCUCUUGAUCCUAAGAAUUGGGAGUGGAACAAGGUUAAAAAAAGUGGGAUGCCACCUAGUGCUCGUGCUGGGUUUUCCAUGUGUGUUCAUAAGAAGCGUGCUAUGCUUUUUGGGGGUGUCGUAGAUAUGGAAAUGCAAGGUGAUGUAAUGAUGAGCUUGUUCUUGAAUGAACUAUAUGGCUUCCAACUAGAUAACCACCGAUGGUACCCUUUGGAGCUACGGAAGGAAAAGUCAACUAAGGUCAAGUCAAAAAAGGAUUCAAAACAAGAACCACCAAGUUCUAUUUGUAAUGACAAGGUAAAUGCAAUUGAAGAAGAGGCAAGUGGCAUGGAUGAUAAAGACCUGAUUUCAGAGUACGAUGGAGAAGCAAGUUAUGAGGAAAGCAACAUUGAUGAAAUGUCUGAGAACAUGGUUGAAAACUUGACAAUUGAUGAUGAUAGGUCAAUUAAAUCUGCUUCAGUGCCCCCACAAUCUAAAUCUAAAACUAUAUUUAAUUAUCAAGAUUCUGUUUCACCUGAGGUCAUAAAGCCCUGUGGACGCAUAAAUGCCUGCAUGGUUGUUGGUAAAGAUACUUUAUAUAUAUAUGGGGGCAUGAUGGAGGUUAAAGAUCAAGAAAUUACGCUUGAUGAUUUGUAUUCACUUAAUCUUAGUAAACUUGAUGAAUGGAAGUGCAUUAUUCCGGCAUCCGAAAGUGAAUGGGUAGAAGCCUCAGAGGAUGAAGAUGAUGAAGACGAAGAUGAAGAUGAUAGUGAAGAUGGAGAGAGCGGUCAUGACGAUGAGGAGACUGAUGAUGAUGAUGAUGAUGCAGAGGGUACGAAUGAUGGUCCGGGAUCACUUCAAAUGGGAGAUGCUGUUGCUUUAAUAAGGGGCGAGGGAAAGAAUUUACGAAGGAAAGAGAAACGAGCACGGAUAGAGCAGAUUAGAGCCAACCUUGGCCUCUCAGAUUCACAGAGAACACCAACGCCUGGAGAAUCGUUGAGGGAUUUCUAUAAUCGUACUAAUUUGUACUGGCAAAUGGCUGCCCAUGAACAUACACAGCACACCGGCAAGGAACUCCGUAAAGAUGGUUUUGAUCUUGCUGAGGCUCGUUACAGGGAACUUAAACCACUUCUUGACGAGUUGGCCAUAUUAGAGACAGAACAGAAGGCCGAGGAAGCAGAAGGGCCAGAAACAAGUUCGAGAAAGAGAGGGAAAAAGAGAACUUAAUUUUCUCCCAACGCUUGCAGUACUUUCAGCUUUUUGGUAAGCGUGAAAAUUUAAAAGUUUUGUUGGUUUAAUUUAUGUGCUCUGAAGUCUGAACUUUGUCGUACACACCAACAUGGCGAUUGGUAUUAGAACUGUUUUUAUA